AUGGGUUACCAAGAGUUGACACCGCCCCUCGCGAGGCAAGGGACAGUCCGGCGCCGGUCCGGUGUCGCCUUUGUGUCCGGGUUGACUCUACUGGCGGUUGCCUGGGUCUGCCUGAGAACACUCCUCGGAGCGCAUAGCGCCGAGGUGGACGUCGCCAAGGUACAGCAGUGCUCGAUUGACAAUCUUCAUGCCGACCUAUCUUUUAUGAAGGAUGCGAAACCCAUUAUCGCGGAGGAGUUUCUAGAGCGUCGGGACAAGCUCGCUCGGGCACUGCACGCCGACAAGAUUGAUGCUUUCGUGCUGGAGCCGGGCUACACAUUCCAAUAUUAUGGAAAUAUCUCCCAGGUUGACUGGGAGCCGUGGGAGCCCGAGGAGAGACCAUUUCUCAUGCUCAUCCUUCCCCAAGUAUCGUCAGGAGGCGAGAUUGUCGCCAAGACUGCUUUCCUCUCCCCGCACUUUGAAGAGGGACGAGUCCGUAUGCUUGGAAUCCCUUCGAGAGAGGAGGAGCUCGACAUCGUGAUCUGGGAGGAGCACUGGAAUCCCUACUCGACGUUACUCGAGUCGGGUCUCUUUUCUAGCGAAUCGCCUAAACUCAUGAUGGAUGAGGAAAUCCGUGACUACAUUGUCCGCGGCUUGGAUUCAGUCGGCUUUGAAACCGUCGGUCUGAGCCCUAGGGCCGAACUCGUGCGACAGAUCAAGAGUCCGGCAGAAGUCGAAUUGAUCCGUGUUGUAAACACCGGCACCGUCGUGGCCGUCAGGGCAAUGAGACCCUGUCUCGUCCCUGGACUUACCGAAAACGAAGUCACGGCGAUAUUGGACAACUCGCUUCUGUCUAUUGGAUUCAGUCUCUUCUUCAACAUUGUUCUCUUCGAGGAGCACGGAGCUCUCCCGCACGGUGGCUUUGUCACCGGCUUCAAAAAGGUCACUCCGAGCAGCAUGAUUGUCAUCGACGUCGGUGCACACUACUUGGGGUAUUCGUCGGAUAUAUGCCGAAGUUUCUUUAUUGAUCCGCCCAAGACUAGCUCUUCGCGGUUCAUGGCAGUCUUGAGAUCGCUCGUCGGCCUGGGAGCCUCGCAUGAUGGAGCCGAGCAAGAAAACCUAGAGCAGUCAGACAUGCGUGCAGAGAAGCUCAAGGUAUGGGAUAUUGUUCUAGACGCCCAGACGGCUGCCGCAGCUGCGUUCAAGCCAAACAAUACUGCAGCAAGCGUGGAUAUAGCCGCGCGCAACGUCAUAGAGGCCGCUGGGUACGGCUAUGGCUUCACUCACCGACUUGGCCAUGGCAUUGGUAUCAAGGCCCACGAGUCGCCCUAUCUCAACAUGUGGAAUAAGGGAGUGUUGCUCCAGGCUGGCAUGACUUUUACUAAUGAACCAGGCAUCUACCUCGAAGGCAAGUUUGGAGUCCGUCACGAAGAUAUUUACCUGGUCAAAGAAGACGGCGAGGCCGAACUGUUGACUGGUGUCCGCGCCAAGGGACCUUAUGAGCCAUGA